UCUAUUUCCGCGAAGUAUCAGUGGCUAUGCUGUUGAGUUUGAGACAGGCUGUUCUUUAGGUAUCGUUUUCCGAGAACACAGGUCGUGUGGGCACAUUUUUGUUGGUUUCGGCUGGACUCGUUACACUGGAACAGAAUCGAGCUGGAUGAAACAUCUGAUCGCUAGAAGUGUAACCGACCAGUUUCACGAUGGCUGUGGUGGUCCAGAGCAGCCGAGGCUGGGUGUUGGAUGCAUGCUCGCUCAUUGAUCAGGAGUAUUCGCGUUGCAUCCGAUGGAGAGAUAAUCAGAAGUCGCAUAUCAAGUGUCAUUUCAAAAGGCAGUGUUUUCAAAUUUCAAAAAGCCACGACAGUGUGAAAGCCACUGCGACUGUGGAUGGAGGAAACUCGGAUAUGCAGCAGAAAACAAACAAAGUAGCGAAGAAAAGGAAACGAAAACACAGUCAACUCAACCAGGGAGAAGUCGAUUCGCAAAUCUUCCAUGAGAAGAUCAGAUCCGUCAUCGUAGAGGAAACUAAGUCCUUGGUGGAUUCUGCCCGAUCCCUUGGACAUCUGAACGGAGGGACCGACACCGUUAAAGAGCUUCUUCCCUUCCAGGCAUGCAGUCUUGCCGCUCUUUGUGAAAUGGCUAAAGAGCUUCCUCUAGUGGAUGAAGAGGAACAGGAUUGUGUUCAGUCACUUGUUGCUGAGUUUGGCUGUACAUCACAUGUCGACCUGUUCUCUCGGGUCACAGAGAACAAGGCGGACUGGGCCACAGCGGUUACACUGAUGGGAGAGGAAUAUGUAAUACCACCGCACACAGCCUUCUUGUUGUCGGAUUUCAAACGAAUACAGCCAUUAGUCAACUAUGGAAGAAAGUUUGACUUAAUAGUUAUGGAUCCACCGUGGGAAAACAAGUCUGUGAAAAGGAGUCGCAGAUACAGUUCUUUGCCCUCGUCACAGCUGAAACGGCUCCCUAUACCUCUACUGGCAUCUACAAACUGUUUAGUUGUCACGUGGGUCACAAACCGGCCCAGCCAUCUGCGUUUCGUCCGGGAUGAGCUGUUUCCACACUGGGGGAUAGAAGUUGUAGCCGAAUGGUUUUGGGUCAAGGUGACCACAUCUGGUCAGUUUGUGUUUCCACUGGAUUCUCAGCACAAGAAGCCAUAUGAAGUGCUUGUUCUGGGCCGAUACCGCUCCUCUGCAGAUGACUCCAUAAGCUCUUCAAAGACAUCAGAGGUUCCUGUAGAAGACUCUCGUUUGAUUGUCAGUGUCCCAUCAGCUCUCCACUCCCAGAAGCCCUCACUCUCAGCUUUAGUGAUAAGCUCUAAAUCCUACUACAGCCUGCUACCACAGAUGCAGAAGCACUGGUUUUAAGUCUGUUCUUCAGGUUUGCAUAGCUGAAAUGAAAUGUACCAUUUUGAUUUUCUUCCAGUAUAAAGCGUUUUAUAGAGUGUUUUUGUAUGAGAAAAUUAGAAUGCCAAAGUAAAAAGUAAUGAUUUAUCACAUUACAUAAGUUGAAAUAUCAGACAUUCUUGCCACUGCAGAAACCCAUGACAAGUUGGAUUUUUCCGAGCUGGAACCUCUGCUUUUCACAUAUAUCACAUUUAUCCUGUUUUCAAGGACUGUGGUGUGGCAAGACUUGAUUCUGCUACUUGGAAUCAAUGUAAGACCUUGACAAUGAAUAUGCAGGGACUAUGAAUAAGAGAGGCUUGACGUCAUUUCCCUCCCUCUCAGGGGAAUGUGAUUUAUUGUGCAGUACGCAGAGCAAAACACGACCAGUGUUGGUCAUUGCUCUUUCAGAAGCGCAGAAAAGCCUGCGCCUCAUGAAUUUGGCUGGAUAUUUUUGAAAUAUAUUGAUUAAAAUCAUAAAUAUGCUUUUGUGGAGCUGUAACACCAUGUGACACUUUGCUAUACACAAGAUACAGAGAUUCAGUUUCACUAAUUAUUAAAUGUUUUAUGUGUUUGUUUUUCAUUGUAUUUGAAAUAAGUUGCACUACUUACUGCUUAGAAUGAGAAGCAUCUAUGCCUCUUUUGUUGUUCUCCAAGAGGUGAGGAAGUUCUGUUGGCAUUGGGUGUGGCUCAAAUCUGUGUGUAAUAGUUGUAAAUUGCAGUGUGGCGUGAAAUAUUUGAAGAGCUUGACACAAAAAUCUGCCAGUAAAAGCAAUCAAGUAUUUAAGGAUGAAAGGAUAGAAAUUUCAGAAAUGUUAUGUCAAAGUCCCCAGACCUAUAAGAUUAAGCACCGUGAACUUUCUUAUUCCCAUCAUCAGUUAUCAUCCGUAUAACUUGGCUGCACAUGUCAGGUCUGCUCGGGCCAGCAGGCAGCCUGGACAGUAUGAAGCCACUACCCCCUUGUUCGCCACUUUAAGAAACCCUGACCCACUUCUUUUCCCCUCUUGGAUGGGGCUACUGUCAUGGACAUUCAUGGUUGCUAUGGAGAGAGAUAAGGGACACCAUUACUCCACUACGGAUACAACACUUCCUCGCCAGAUGGUCAAGCUGCAAAAAAAGGGGAGGCAGGUGGGGGGGUUACUUCCCUGACUGACAAGAUGUGCGGUGUAAAUGAUUAAAUGGCUGCUCCUAAUAUUCAUCUCAUGAAGAGGCACACUACCAGUGGUGUGGGUUCCAUUACUGUUGAUUGGGAAAGUGAUCUGUGAUUGUAGUCUAUGCACCAGCAUGUUCAGUUGGCAGCUACAACAUUAAGUUUUCUUGUUUAACAGCAUUUGAAUUCCCAAUAUUGAUCCACAUUUUGGGAUCCUCUGAAGAAGAUGUAAUUAAUGUGGUCCUGCUGCAAGUUUGAUCUGUGAAGUCUUUUAAGCAGAGUAAGGGUCCCAAAAUUUGAUUAGAUGUUGUUCUGUCUUAUUUAUUUUCCACAAAUAGCCUAAGCUCUUUUGACCACACCGGCGCAGCAGAACAAGAUUUAAACACAACAUUGAUGUAUUAUGACUUUAUAAACUAUAACUCUGAGCUAAAAUUAAUCCAAUGUGUUAAGCGCGAAGUCAAGGGGUAGCAGAGUUAAGUGGAACUACAAAUCAAGCGACGAAUAUCAUUAGGUUUGACACCACAUAUGAUUGCAUUCAUAUAAUUGCAUUCAUUGUUGAUAUAAACUAUUGAUUAGAACUGCUUCAAAGAAUAAUUGUACCAAGUAACUAUACUGAUAAUAAACUUUCAACACAUAGGGCAACAGA